CCCAUUUCCCGUCGCAACCAUACAAAACACAACGGCAACAGCUUGGAAAUCGGCAGCAGCGACAAACGCUCUCCACAGCUGCAUUUCAUUCCAGCUGUUUGCUUUCCCUAUCCCUUACUGCAUGAGGAAGCCGCCAUGUCACUCGCACGGUCAGCUAGCGGCCCGGCCGGCCUGAGCAUUAACACGGGUAGCGCCAAUCUUUUUGGAAGCAGUACAAGCCAGCCGCCAGCGGGAGGUGGACUCUUUGGAACGGCGACUUCACAGCCCGCGCAGACAGGUUCUUUGUUCGGCACGACAGCCUCGCAGGCCCAGCAGACCGGAGGCAUUUUCGGCUCAGCCACGACCCAGACACCAACUUCGCAGCCUCAGCAAACCGGCGGCCUUUUCGGCCAGACUACGACAUCUACACAACCCCAGCAGACUGGAGGCUUGCUUGGGACAGCGACCCAGCAACAGCAGCCGCAGCAGACAACAGGUGGGCUCUUCGGCGGCUCGACGACCCAGCAGCCGGCUCAGACAGGCGGUCUUUUCGGCGGACAGACGCAGCAGGCGCAAACGGGCGGCUUGUUCGGCGGCGCCACCGCACAGCAGCAGCAGCAACAGCAACAGUCCCAGGCGACGGGAGGACUAUUUGGCGGCUCUUCAAGCGGCAUGUUCGCUACGAAACCAGCCGGCACGGCGACCACAGGGGGCGGGCUAUUCGGCCUCAGCCAGCCCAUGACCCAACAGCAACAAACCCCCGCCGCCGGCCUGACGCUAGGUCAAUCGGCGACAACCGGCCAACAACAACAAGUCGUGCCCGGCGUGCGCAUCGACCUGAGCAACAUCAAAUCCACAACCCGCUUCAACGACCUGCAAGAGUCCCUCCAAAAGGAAAUCGCCAUGAUCGACGAGGCCAUCCAGCGAUGCAUCAAAGACAAGGACGCGGUCGACGCCUUCCUCCCUUCGCACGGCGACCAGCUGGCCGCCAUCCCGACCGAUGUGAGCUUCGUCGGCCGCAAGUCCGAGGGCGCGCACAAUGCCCUGUCCAGCGACAUCGUCGCCAUCGACCAGCUACGCGAGCUGGUCAAGCAGGACGCCGACCACGCGCGCCUGUCGUUUAAGGCCAUCGACAACCUCAAGCUGCCGACGCAGUAUCACCAGGCCGGUCUGUGGUCGAAUCGGGGGGUGGGAGUGCAGCAGGUAGGUGGUGGUGGCGCGGCUGUGGGCGGCGGAGGAGGAGCGGGCGGCGCCGCGGAUGCGCAGAGCAACACGGAUCUGAUCAGCUUCUUCUCGCGGACAGCGGACGAGAUGGACCAGAUGAUGAAGAAAUUUGAGAAGAACCUAGGCGAGAUUGAGGUGCAUCUGCACGGCGUGCAGGGGAAUAUGUUGGAGCAGAUGCAGCGGGUUGCUGCGCAGUCCAAGAGCGCAACCCAAGGUGGGGUGGAUGAGCGCGUCAUUGAGUUGGCGGCUGUACUGAGGGACUUUGAGGAGAGUAUCCUCAAGGUUGCUGGGGUUGUGGGCGGUGUCAAGGAGGGCGUUACGGAGCUGCAGCUGAAGGACUUUAUGGGUCACGGCAGCUGAGCGGUUGAGCAUCAGGAGUGAGAGAUAAUGCGGCGAGGACUUGUACCAUACUGUGGGCGUCGGGAGAAGAGUUGAGGGUAUUGGAAUACCCACACAUGACAUGUAUUCGACUCAAUUGCAUGCCAUAAGCAACAGGCCAACUGUGAAAAUGGUAUCUCUUCGCCAUUGCCUUGGCGCUCCGACCAGUCUAUGCCACUUUUCAAUGCGCCAGGAAAUGCAAAGUAAAAGUU